GCGAGUGCGCCGGGGAGCGCAGCUGCGGGGGUUGGGGAGGCAGGAGCCGCGGAGCCGGCGCCGAGAGCGGCUGCGGCCGGAGCGGGCGGCCGAGACAAAGGCGACGGUAGGGCCGUUUGUAAGUGUGUGGACUUCUGAGUGAAACCUCAGACCUAAGUGAGAAGAAACCUUCAAGGAACAACUACUGACAGUGAGUCUGCAGUCAUCUCUCUGCAUAAUAUGGGGUGUUUUCAACCCAGAGAUAGCUGAAUGGGUGGCUCUGUUGACAAGGAGUGACUACCUGUCAUAGGCCCUGAGUCAAGACGAUUUUCGUACCUCCCUGGUGGUUCUGAAACGAGUCCCUUUAGAACCACAAGCAAAGAAAGGAAAUAGUCUGCUUUGUUCUUCAUUAAAUUGACUGUAUAAGAUACCUGACUUCCAGGAACAAAACACAGAGCAGUCAUACAGGUGUGAUUUGACAUCAUUGGCCAUCCAUCCUGUGGAGGAGCGUUUGUGAAGCUUCCCAAGUGGAGAUUUGGGAACUUGAUUGGUGCUCAUUUAUACUUUGGACUACAAGCAUGAGCGAAUUCUGGCUGUGUUUCAACUGCUGUAUUGCAGAGCAGCCUCAGCCUAAAAGGCGCCGGCGGAUCGACCGAAGCAUGAUUGGCGAGCCCACAAACUUCGUGCACACGGCCCACGUGGGAUCAGGAGACCUGUUCAGUGGGAUGAAUUCAGUUAGCUCCAUUCAGAACCAGAUGCAGUCCAAGGGGGGCUAUGGGGGCGGGAUGCCAGCCAGCGUGCAGCUCGUGGACACGAAGGCAGGAUAGCCCCACUCCCGUCAUUGUGAAUUUCUGUGUUUUCUCUUUCCACUAGUCUUUAAUUUUUUUGUUGUGACUGCUUUUCUUUUCUUUUCAAUUACAACAAAGAAGUGUGAUGGCAUCGCGUUCAUCCUGUUGUGAUUACUCCAACGAGACAUCACUGUUCUGCCCCGAAGCAGCUGCUGUCAGGUGACUCCUGCGUUUCCUCCAGCUGACAUACAUGGCUGUGGACUCACGACAGUGCUGUAGAUGUGUGGCCAAAAUCCCAAUUUUUAUCAAUAUGGAUCUGGUCUUAGCAUGAUCUUUUUUGUGAAUGCUAGCACUAUUUUGCAUUUUCUUUCCCAUUUUAAACAUCUCUUCACCUCCAACCUUCUGCCUUAUGAUUUUAUUGGUAUGCAAGGACCUGCUAUCAUUUGUUAAUUCGUCGCCAUUUAUGUAUAUUUUGAAAGGUAUGAGACCCAUAAGCACAAUGAUCAUUUUUAUUCAUUUGAAACUUCAGCAGAAUAGAUAUCUGCAUGCUUUAAGGAGUUGCUUCGUAUGGGAGCCCACGGGCUGAUGAUACUGCUGCUAUUAGAGAAAGGUUAGCUGUGGCACCCAGUCACACCAGUUUCACAAAAAAGGUAACCUGUAGCUUAUUUUAGAAGUAUGACUUUUUGGUCUAUUUAGUUAGAAUUACAAUAAAAGUUUGCAUUCAUUCUGUUGUAAAUGUUCACUAUAUUUAUUUUGAGAGUAAGGACCUGUGAUUGUAAGCAGGUGUGGUUGUACCUGAGUGUUGUGGUAACACCCUCCUCCAGCCUGGCUCUGGGCAUCUUAGGAGCUGUUCCCGUCUUUUGUAGCCCUCCUGUUAUUGCUUGUAUGUUUCCAGGAGCAGUGGGUUGAACUUCUGGCCGUUCCGCCUACCUGCAGAUGCGCUGGCCUUUCCAUACUCCGCAUAUUUUGGGCAGUGGAAUUUGCCCAGAGCAACAUACACACCUGGAUGCAUCGUUGCCCGUGAAAACCACCUGUAUGGGGACUUUUCUUAGGUUCCAAACUAUGUUUAUUCUCACAAAUUGUGUGUAUUUCAGAUAUUUCUGUUAAUGCUUGUCCUUCCCCAUAAGGGUGUAGCAUUAAGCCAGUAAGGAUUUACAUUUUAACAAGAAUGCAAACCACUGUCUGUCCCAUCUAGCCCUGUCUAACCACUUUGGUAGAAUUAACAUUUUCUGCAGCAAAUGGGGCUUAACUGAAAACUUAGCUGUGAGGAAUUAGGUAUUUGAAAGGGAUCGUUUUCCUUUUUUAUCCCUUUCCUCUCACCUUAGUCCCAGGUUCUUAUGAAACAGGUAGCUGAAUAAAUACUGGGUGUGUGUGUGUGUGUAGGCAAAACAUGAAAGCAUUUCUCCCCCAGGUCUUUUGACUUAACCUGGGACGGCAGGACAUGAGAUUGAUUACUCAGUCUUUCUGCAACUUUGAGCCUUCACAGGCAUCAGUCUCUUACAGAAUCUUGUCAAGGAAAACAUACGCUUAGUAAUCACAAUAGGCUUCCUGCAGUUCAUGUAAUAAUAACUUCUAUUCAUCUGUGUCAUGCGUUCCCUGUGUAGCUGUUCUGCCAGGGACACUGCUGUGCAGCAGCUCUGGAAAAGACAGACUCCAUUUCCUGGCAUUGUCAGCACUGGUGCCAUUUAACCUACUUCUAUUUUGACUUUUAAAAUUCCUACAGUUUUUAUAGUUGUCAUCUAACUCCUGGAACAACAAGACAGGGAAGCCAUGGUCCCUUUUCCCCAGCAAAUAAUUUGAUUUUACUUAUUUUCCAAUCGCUAUCUUUUCUGCUUCUCCAAGGACCAACUACUCCCGUGAGCGUGUCCCCAUGGUAAGCCCAGGGCCGUCACUAUCUUCAGGGCACAAUGGCCACACUGUACAAGGACAUGCCAACGAAGGUGCCAAUACAUUCACGAGUACCAGACAUCCUAAGAUAGCAACCUUGGGCACAGCUUUUCUAGGACAGCUUGAAGAUAGCUGAGUGUGGAGGAGGCAGCUUUCCCACAUUCCUAAGUGGGAUUACGAAUCUCAGGAGGUAGGUUGGUCCCCAUAGCAAUGUAUCUCAUUUUAAAAUUGAAGCUAAUUAAAUAAGAUUGACUGUUAAUAACUUUGCUGAAAUACAUGCUAAUAACUGUUAAGCGAGGGAAACUGAGAGAAGGUUUAAUGACACAGUGGUGUUAUCAGUGACCUGCGCUCUUGACACAGGUGCUCCCCUGGGUCCUUGUGCUGCAUGGGGACUGGGCCCUGUGCCUCCCGCCACAGGCACCGUGUGACUGUGUCAGCUUCCGGGUGCGAUGAAAUUAUAGCAGUUCUGUAGAGCAAGUUUGCCUUGAUUUUGUUUAAAAUGACUUCUGCUCAGCACCCAAAAGAUAAAAUUGACUUAUUUUUAUAAUAUAAGCAUACCUUUUUUGUACAUUGUGUUCAUUCUUAAAUAGAGUUCAGUGUUGGCUUGUAGAUAUUAAAAAGAAAUUAUUGAUUCAAUAAAUGUUUUCUUUCAAUCCUG